UGUUUGGGGCGGGUCCGAGGCCGGAAAUGCGUGGGCUGCCGGGCUGGCCCAGCUUAGGGUUUUCAGGAAAUUUGGAAGUUGUGGCGGUAGUUGGAUUGUAAGGACUCUUGUGACAAUCUUUGGGUGCCCUCCGAGAGAAAAGCGGAGGAUGCCACUGGAGUCAUCUUCCUCUUCAAUGCCACUAUCCUGCCGGUCUCUCUUACCCUCAAUACCACACAACACUAACCCUUCCCCUCCUCCAAUGUCUUACAUCACCUCCCAAGAGAUGAAGUGUGUUCUUCACUGGUUUGCCAAUUGGUCAGGUCCCCAGCGUGAACGUUUCCUAGAGGACCUAGUAGCUAAGGCAGUGCCAGGAAAAUUACAGCCACUGCUGAAUAGUCUGGAGCAGCUUAGUGUGUCUGGGGCAAACCGACCACCUUCUAUCUUUGAGUGCCAGCUAUAUCUUUGGGAUCAGUGGUUUCGAGGCUGGGCUGAGCAGGAGCGCAAUGAAUUUGUCAGACAGCUGGAGUUCAGUGAGCCAGACUUUGUGGCAAAAUUUUACCAAGCAGUGGCUGCUACAGCUGGUAAGGACUGAUAGGCAUUCAGACCAAAGAAGAUAACCAUAGCUGAGCCAAGACUCUAUGUAUAUGUUACAAGGCCAUGACUCUGCAAUGAGAACUCAAUUCAAAUGUGUCACCUAAAGGACUGGAACUGGUAUUCCGACCAACUGACUGAACUCAUUGACCAGUACAGGCAUAGUUAUUUCAACACUAAUAGCAUGUCAAUGGGACUCCUACUUGUAAAUGUUAUCAAUCUAAGCAAUCCAGCUCAUCGGUCUACUAGUUUGCUUCUUUUCAAGAGAUGUCAAAUCUUCAAGAAUUUGAUGGCUUCUUCUGCAACUAUAACCAAAAGGAACCUACACAUUAUAACUCAAGCCCACUGCUUGCUUAUGAAGUGUGUAAAAUAGAACCCUCCUUCCCCAGAAAUAAGACAGGACAAUAAAAGGUGGUACUUUUAUACUUUAACUGGAUUCCAUUGUCUGGUUUUACUGCUCUUACCAGAUUCAAGUGUAAUUCUGUGAUAUCCAAAGCAUUAGCUUUCCCAGUGAUGAUUUAAUAAAAUUAUGAAAAAUCA